GACCAAUUAAGGUCAUUGAACCACUUAGCAGCGAUUCACUGAAGUCAGAAAAAAGUUGAAUUAAGCUUGGAUUAUUUGUCGUCGUUUAUAUGAAUAUUCAUGAGUUAAAUGUUAUAUUUGCAACCUACGAAGAAAUACGACAGGCAGAAGGUACAAACAACUUCGGCCGAGAAGAAGGCCCGUAAGAAACAACAAAGUGAUAAAGCUGUGGAGGAUGAUUCUCGUUCUCAGUGCACACCUAAUGGGCAGAAGAAACUGCUUUCCCCCAAAAUGGACAGCCAUUUCCAUCCAAGUUUGGUUGAGCAGUCAUGGUAUUCCUGGUGGGAAUCAGCGCAUUACUUUGGGGCAGAUUCUACAUGCACAAAGCCACCAUUUGUUAUGGUUCUGUCCCCCCAAGAUGUGGAAGGAGACCUUAGCCAUGCAUAUACAGUGGCUAUACAAGAUGCCAUGAUACGUUGGCGUAGAAUGUCAGGCUACAAUGCUUUAUUGGUCCCUGGAGUGGGCCAUGCUGACAUGCCUACUGAGGUAUGCCAAUCGAAAGCUCGGUGUGAUAGAAAUAUGAACCUGCGCCGUCUUGGAGUCUCAGUUGAUUGGUCACGCGAGGUUCUUACAAUGGAUGAGAAAAGAUCAAAAGCCGUAACUGAAGCUUUUGUCAGCUUCCACAAGGCAGGCCUGAUACGUAGGGAUUGUCGCCUUGUGAAAAAUGAUUGCACACCUGAAACUACAAGUUCUGACACUAAGGGGUUGUACAAGGACAUGCUGAAGAAUGAAAUGAGUUUAGGCGUUCACUCAGGAACUAAUGAUGUAGUGGAACCUAUGCUAAAAUCACAGUGGUUUCUUAAUGGCAACACCAUGGCCAAGGCAGCACAUGACGCUCUAAAGUCUAAACAAGUCGAAAUUAUUCCCCAGCACUAUGAAGAGCACUGGCACAACAGAGAAAAUAUAAAUGAUUGGUGUGUUUCAAGGCAACUUCCAUGGGGACAUCGUGUACCUGCGUGGUACGUGACAUUAGAAGAUGACCAUGAUAGAAGUAUUGGUUAUUGUGAUAAUCGCUGGGUAGUUGCAAGAAGCGAGAAGGAUGCAAAUCUGGAGGCACAAAAAAAAUAUCCAGGAAAGAAAUUCCAACUUGAUCAAGACCCUGAUGUUCUAGACACAUGGUUUUUGUCUAGCCUCAUCCCCUUAAUGGUAUGUGGUUGGCCGGCUGAUAUGGCUGACUUCAGGGACUUGUACCCUACGUCUGUGUUGGUAACUGGAUACGAUACUCCCUCUCUUUGGGUAGAACGGACAGUGAUGAUGGGGAUGCAACUGGUUGGGAAUGUGCCCUUUCAGAAGGUUUAUUUACUUCCGAAUAUUGAUGCACAUGGCCAAGCAAAGUCGGAAUCGCUUGGCAGCAACAUCAGUCUUCUUGAGGUGAUGACAAAUGGCAUGUCGCUUGAAAAAAUUCAGAAACAUGUGGAAGAUGGCGACAUGAACCUAAAUGAAUUAAACAUUAGAAAAGAAAUGCUGGAGAAGGACUUACCUGAUGGUAUACCUGAAUGUGGUAUCGACGCGGUCUGCUUUGCACUGAUUUCAUGCAGUUCACAGGUUGAAAGGGUAAAUUUCGAUAUCAGAAGAGUGAUCAGAUUCAGAGAAGGUUGCAGUAAAUUGUGGAAAGCCUUCCGUUUUGCACUGGAGAAACUUGGGGACCAGUAUGUUCCACCUACAACGGUAGAUGUGUCUAUCUUACCGCCAAUUUGCAAAUGGAUUCUUUCAGUUCUAAACAAAACGAUAGUGAAGACUGUUACCUGUUUAGAAGUUCACAAGUUCUCUGAUGCCAGUUCUGCUGUAUACUCAUGGUGGCAACACCAAAUGCGCAUUGUAUUUAUAGAGUCAAUAAAAUGUUAUUUCGCUGAUAGAACUCAGAGCUUUGAAUGUGAAAGGGCUGCCAUUAGGGAUACCCUAUGGAUUUGCUUGGACAGUGGUUUGCGCUUGCUCCAUCCAUUCAUGCCUUAUAUUACAGAAGAGCUCUGGCAGCGUCUUCCACAGCCGAAAGGUUCUUCUAGGAAAGAUUCCAUCAUGAUUUCGGAAUAUCCAUCUCAUGUGAAGGAGUGGACAGAUGAUGAACUUGAAAAAGAUAUCAGCAUUGUCUUGGAUGUUGUGCAAAAAAUAAAGCUUCUGAAGUUACCAACAGAUACAAAUGAAAGACGAACUGCUUUUGCACUUUGCCAAGGGGAAGGGCCUGCUUACACCUUGCAAUGCCAUCAAUCUUUAAUUCUGUCCCUAUGUUCUGUAUCACAUUUUAAGAUUCUGAGAGAGAAUGAUCAAUCUCCAGUUCAGUGUGUAACUGCUGCUGUAAACGAAGAGAUCACUGUGUACGUUCAAAAUGCAGAUGCUCGGCACGAAAAGCUAGGAGAAAUGGAGUGUGUGCUUCAAUAUCGACAUGCCUACGAGGAGACACAUCCAGACAUUGAGCUAGAAAUUGCCUCUCCAUAUCCGCCAGAUGAUGGAUGUCUAAUUGAAAGAAUAUUCCUCACCUUCCUAAGAGGGUAUCUAGUGAACAAGCAAAAGUAUUAUGUGCUCAUAUCGGAAGCGUUAAAGAUGAUGAAUUCUGGUGAUAUGCCCAUUGUUUAUUCUCACGUGCUACAGUUUGACGCGAGACUUGCAUCCACAAUCAAGUUCUUUUUUGGCAGGGUGCAAAAAAACCUUAUUAAUGCGGCAACUAUCUUCCUGAAAGAGGAUGUUGACUACAAAUGUGAAAACCUGUCCAUCACCAUUUCCAACAUACCCAGGCCGUGCAGCUUAUUGUCACUCAAGGAUUUUUGGAAGUCAUCUGAGCAUAAACCAGCAGUAGAACGUGAUAUCUACAGUGCCGAAACUUGCUUAAGACUAACGACAACAACACCGUCUGGAAGGAUUCCCCUUCUAAAUCUUCUUAAGAAGAUUUGUAGCAACUUUGAGAGAGGAAAAAGCUGGAACGGUCAGUGGAACAUUGAGGAUGUCAUAGUUUAUGUCGUGACGUAUCAGGUGGAUAUACUGAAGCCUUUCUCUAGUAAAUGUAAUCAUAGUACCUUGGCAAAGGAUCUUAUGGUGGUUAUCAAGGAUAUUAUUCCAGAGUUCAGAUGUGGUGGGAAUUAUCCUUCCUUUUUCGGGAAGUUAAUCGGUACUUUACAGGAGUACCUUGCUGAUCCUUCUAUCAGUGGUAUUCGCUGGAAUGAGUUUAACUAUGUAUUAUUCACCCAUUUUGCAAUCAAAUCGCCUCUGGCAUGGUCUACAUUUUUGGAUGAUCUUCAUGAAGUAUUCCAGUCCUUGGGGGAUAGAGCAAGGGGGCUUUUGCAGCAUUUGUUGUCAAAAACAGAGCGUAUGAAAGACUGGAGGUUCGUUUUUGAGCCAUCGGAAGCGGUACAUCCUGUUCUGGCAAUAGUAUAUGAGCAUAAUCGGAAAAAGAAGGAGAAGAUCUCCAGAGAAAGGGAAGGUGCAAUUGAGGAUGAUCGAAAUACGAGUUUUGUAAAUGAGGAUGACAGUGAUGUGGGGCAGACCGAUCUACAAGCCUCGCAAGCCCUGGUUGAAGGAGUUCAAGCUGGUGAUGAAGAGAAAGAAAUUCUGUAUAAAGUGGUGGCUCAAACCCAUGAGGCAUGGCAGAUCCAUCUGCAAGAAGAGUUGCAAGCUCUUAUUCCAGGAGCGCAAACCAAUGAGGAUCUGGAUGAAACGGUGGUUCAAACUCUGGCCAUACGUGUUGUAGAAGUACUAGUGAAGGAAGCUCACGAUGCCGGUAUUAUCGAGGACAAAGAUGCUCAUGUAGAAGUACCGGUCCCAGCUGAACCCAAUGCUCCAGAAGUACCGGUCCCAGCUGAACCCAAUGCUCCAGAAGUACCGGCCCCAACUGAACCCAAAGGGGCUAAGGAAGCAAACAUUUUACAGGAAGACAGUCAUUCUUCAGAAGUACCGGUCCCAGCUGAACCGAAUGCUCCCAAGGGCGAUAAAAAAAUAUUUCCUUUCCCUGAAUCCCCUUUAGGGUUAUUGAUUUGUUCGAGGCAUACCAAGCAACACGGAUCCAUAGGAGCUAGAGAUAAAAAAGGAAGACAAUUAUUAAAAACGAUAUCAGAAGUUGUGUUGAUAAUCGGUCAUUAUUUGGAAGACUUGGCUGAAAUACCAAAAGCGUUGAUAUAUAACCUCGACCGAUUCAAGAAAGACGUGAUAGAUAAUCCCAACAUAAACGGGUUCAAUGCUGAUGACUUCGAAGAAUUCAUAUUGAUGUUUACGGAGAUUCUUGAGCAGUUAGAUACUCCUGAAGUUAGUAAAUAAAAGGUUUGCCUUCCUGGCGGGGUUAUUCCGUUUAGGUCUAACCAGGAGGGUGCAAAUCAUCGCCUCCAAUACGCUUCUCGCUCAUUGGAAAACAGGAGCUUUCGGCUGUAAGCCUUGGGCACAUGAUCAACGAGUACUCUGGUCCCAACAUAAGUGUUCAUGACCUAGAUCUUCACCACACCCUCAAGGAGUGAGGUUAUCCUAUUGACAACAUAUCAACUGCCCGGGGCAAUUACAAGCAGAUAAGAGGUGACUUCUACAACAUAUCAAGAACCCCAAGACACAAGCAUCCCAAGCCUUAUGUGAAAUACCUUACGACCAUCGGAUUGUCAUCACUGGAACACACCAAUCCAAAACAAUUUGGAGUACCACUUGGCUGAUCUGUAAAAAUCUCGUAAUUUACCUGCUCAUACAUACUCUUUCCUAUUACCAACGCACUCUUGUUGGAAUGUGGGCGCUUGCCCAUUUUUGUUGCCCGGAAGUCUUGGGUGAUUAUGAAGAGUCCAGCACAAGGUAUGAUUUGCCUAUCACGGAAGGAAAUGAUGAGACCGCUACCAGUUGUUUUGUGAAGGAUUUCCAAGAGGGCCUCAGAGCAUAAAUAUUUUUACGGCCACAGAAGUCGGUGGUCUUGGAAUUACACUCACUUAGGCACCUCGCGUGAUAAUAGUCCAGGCAACCAGAUCGUCGAUCGGGUUUAUUGAAUUGGACAAACCAAAGAUGUGAUUGUCUACCGCCUGGUGACAUGUGGGACCAUCAAAGAAAAUAUAUA